AUGCACGGCUCUCGGGCGCCAUGGACCCCAGCCGUCGGACAAUCAUGGCAGAUUGUGCUCAAGUCGCCGCUGAAAUUCGGCCCUGACAGUGAGGAGCCGUCCAUCCAGCCCGACGUGGACGUGUACGACAUUGACGUCUUCGAUAACUCUGCCGAGACCAUCGCCAAGCUUCACAGGCUGGGGAAGAAGGUCAUUGGCUACUUCAGCGCCGGCACCUACGAGAAAUGGCGCCCUGAUUCGCGCCAGUUCGGCAAAGCAGACCUGGGCAAGCCCAUGGACGAUUGGGAUGAGCGGUGGGUGGAUGUGCGGAGUGGGAAUGUUCGCGCCAUCAUGGCCAAGAGGAUCCAGCUUGCCGCGGAGAAAGGCUGCGACGCCAUUGACCCGGACAAUGUCGACGGUUACUCCCACAAGAACGGAUUUGGCCUGACCAAGGCAGAUUCGGUUGAUUUCAUCAAGUUCCUGUCUCACGAGGCGCGCAGACACGGCAUGAGCAUUGGCCUUAAGAACGCGGGCGAGAUCAUACCCGACGUUAUCAACGUCGUUGACUUCCAGGUGAACGAGCAGUGUGUCGAGUACAAUGAGGGCCAGACAUUCCAGGCCUUCAUCAAGGCUAACAAGCCCGUGUUUCACAUCGAGUACCCCAAGGGCGCUCCAGGCUCGGUCCGCGCAAAGACGAGAGAAAAGAUCUCUAAUGCUAAAGGCACGCAAGGGUUCAGCACGGUAUUAAAGACGAUGGAUCUCAAUGGGUGGGUUCAGUUAUGUGAUGGCCAACAGUUCACGACGUGGACAGAGGAGUCUGAUGAUAGCGGGUCUGAUGAUGAUGGAUCUGGAUCCAGUGAUGAUGAAUGA